GUCUCUAAGAAAAAAUUGCAAUAUAUAUCUUGCAGUUUUCUUGAGUUUUUUUUUUUCCUCCUCCCCCACACCCAUCUCAAUUCAUAUACAAUGGCCACAACUGAGGUGGAUUCAAUUCCAGCACCAGAAACAAUCUCCACGGAGAUACCAGCUGUCAUCCCCAAGAUCGCUACCGAAGAAACUCCGGCAGCUGACGAGACUCCCGAGCCUUCGGAAGUCACUAAAGAAUCCUCACCAGCUGAGGAGCCAGCCGCUGAAGCCGAGCCAGAGAAAGAUGCCAAAGACAAAUCAGCUGAGGCUGAGGAGCCAGCUCCAGAAACAGUGACCGAGCCGGAAGCUGUAGCCGAGGAAAAGGAGCCAGCUCUGGAAGCCGUGACUGAGCCAUCCGAGGAUCAAGUGGUGGCUCAAGAGACUGAAACAAGCAAAGAAGAAGGGCCUGUCGAGGAGCCAGCUGCCGUGGCUGAGCCGUCAGAGGUAGCCACCGAGCCAGCUGCGGCUGAAGCUCCAGCCGAUGAGUGAAGACAUUGGGUCAACUUGGAUUGAGUUUGAGUUUUGUUAUUUAUUUAUUGUUCUUGCUGCUUUGUCUACUGUUAAGAGGUAAGAUGUUAUUUGUUAUUGUGUGUUAUGUGUUGGGUCCGAAAAGAGAUUGAUGAGUUCAAAUGUUGUUCUUUUUUCGAUAUAUUAGGAAAAUGGGCAACUCUAUGUUCGUGGUCUUAUAUGGAGGGGGUUUCGUUUCAAAAGAUUUCCUUUUUUUAUUUAAUUUUUUGGAUAUGAUUUUUUAUUUUUUGGAUGCACUACGCUGAAUAAAUCGGGUUGUGAUCUCUCAAAC